UAAUAAUAAUAAUAAUCACAGCAGGAUCUGCGGAGCAAAGACAGUAAUAAAAGCAAAAAGCUGAGCCCAUCACACACAAACCCAACAGAGCCCAAAGCCAAAGGGGGGCUUGCACAUCUCUUCCGUGCUCAAGCAUGGGCAGCGCCGGCGGAGCCCCGCGGCCCGGGGUGCCCGCGCUGCCGUCCCGGCCCCGGCUCUGAAGACGACGGCCAAGCCCCAGCGCGGCGGAGGCAGCACGGUUCGCUCCGCGCUCUCGCAUGGAGGGAAGAAGCAUGUCCCGUCUGUCUCUAACACGGUCCCCGGUUUCUCCUCUGGCUGCGCAAGGAAUUCCUCUCCCAGCGCAACUCACCAAGUCAAAUGCUCCUGUGCAUAUCGAUGUAGGAGGACACAUGUACACCAGCAGCCUGGCUACCUUGACGAAGUACCCAGAUUCCAGAAUAAGUCGCCUGUUUAAUGGCACAGAGCCUAUUGUCUUGGACAGUUUGAAACAACAUUAUUUCAUUGAUCGAGAUGGUGAAAUUUUCAGAUAUAUAUUAAGCUUCCUAAGGACAUCUAAGCUACUGCUCCCAGAUGACUUUAAGGACUUUAAUCUUUUAUAUGAAGAAGCAAAAUAUUACCAGCUGCAGCCAAUGAUUAAGGAACUUGAGCGAUGGAAACAAGAGAAAGAACAACGGAAACAUUUCCAGCCUUGUGACUGCUUGGUCGUAAGAGUGACUCCUGAUCUGGGAGAGAGAAUUGCAUUGAGUGGGGAGAAAGCUUUAAUAGAAGAGAUCUUUCCGGAGACUGGGGAUGUCAUGUGCAACUCUGUGAACGCCGGCUGGAACCAGGACCCUACCCACGUUAUUAGGUUUCCUUUGAACGGGUACUGCCGGUUGAACUCAGUGCAGGUGCUUGAGAGAUUAUUUCAGAAGGGGUUCAGUGUGGCAGCUUCAUGCGGUGGUGGGGUGGAUUCCUCUCAGUUCAGUGAAUAUGUGCUGUGUCGUGAGGACAGACGACCACAACCCACCCCAACCAUCAGAAUAAAACAGGAGCCCCUGGACUAGACCCUACUCCCCUACUCCUUUGUAACCGUAUAAGUGUUUAAUAGUCCCUUAUGUGAAACACUAAGAAUUUGGAAAACAGUAUUAGCAAACAGAUUUUGACUUUAAGUUGCCAAUUAGUGGUAUUCUGAAACUACCUGUCACAUAGCCAGCCAUGAAAUGCAUUUGAAAAACCAGUUGUUCGUUUUUCACAAUGGAAUUCCUGAACGUGCUCAGCAUACCAGGCCUGCUGGGAACGUACUUUGGGCUAAACAGCGGUGGUGGUGGUGGAAAAGGCAAAGCUUCGUCAGCCACUGGCCCUAGGUUGGACUUACGAAAGAGCAGUAAAAGCAAUUUGAAUAGAUCAGCAGGAGAAGCAGUUCCAACAGCCGUUCCAGCUGUACCCCGACGCUGUGACGCAUGGAAGCAGGAGCCUCGAGAGGAAGAUGGUUCCCUAAAAACUGCACUGAGUAUCUUCCCUGACUGCCGCACCUCCUUCAUAUCAGACGUGGUUUACACCUCCAUACAUGACGUGACACUUCUGUGAUUGUACUCGCUCGUACUAGCAAAUGGCUUAUUUUUAUACUACAUUUUCAACAGAAAUAUCUCCCUGUGGACAGACUCUAGAAUCUGAAAAGGACCAAUUUAUAGUCAACUGGUGCUCCGUACUAAAAAAAAACCUGCACUAAACAAAAAAAUAGUGACAAAAAAUUUGACAAGGCCAAUUUUGGCAAUGAUUGCAAAAGUAGGGAUCUGGAAGCACAAAACAAAAUGCUGCCAUCCCACAAGGGUCACAUACCCAACAUGGAGCUGUAGUUCUCUUAAAGCUAGUCUUGUUUUGACUCAGAAACUGUUAAGUUUGGCAUCAUCAAAGCAGCGUGGUUCUGCCAAGCAAGCUCUGCCAUCUCUUGUUAAUCAUUUACUGACCAUGUU